UGCGGUUUCAUUUCUCCACACCUCUCUUCUCUUCUCUUCUCUUCUUCAUCAUCAUUAAUAUUAAUAUUAAUAAUAACAAUAAUAAUAUUAAUAUUAAUAAUAUUCUUACUUACACGAAUCUGUUAAUCUGCAACCAUGAGUUGCAACGGAUGCCGUGUUCUUCGAAAAGGAUGCAGUGAGAGCUGCAUCCUUCGCCCGUGUUUGCAGUGGAUCGAUGCUCCUGAAGCUCAAGGUCACGCUACUGUUUUCGUCGCUAAGUUCUUCGGCCGUGCUGGUCUUAUGUCCUUCAUCUCUGCCGUGCCGGAAAAUCAACGCCCAUCUGUUUUUCAAUCCCUGUUAUUCGAAGCCGCCGGCCGAACAGUGAAUCCGGUGACCGGAGCCGUCGGACUUCUCUGGACGGGGAACUGGCACGUGUGUCAAGCAGCUGUAGACACAGUUCUUCGCGGCGGAACAUUACGGCCGAUCGGCGAACUUAUCGACGGAAUUCCGAUGACAUCAAAACUCGGUAAUUCUUCGGAUAACGUUCAGGAUCCGGCCACAGUUCACCAAUCGAAGGUUCAGAAGCGUAGGCGAGCUGUGGAGCCACAGAUGUUACAAUCACAAUCUCAGCAUCUCGAUCUGAAUAUGAAUAAAAGUUUUCCGGCAAGUAAAGGCUCGCCGGAGAAACGGCGGCAUGGAAGUCCGUCGAUGAAUUCGGAAGACUCGUCGGUGACUACGACGUGUUUGGAUGGCGGUUUUGGAGAGUAUUGUUAUGGUCGAGAAGGAAGAGAAUUGCAUCUGUUGAAUCUGUUUAAGUGAUCGGUUUGAUCGGAAAUUUUGAAUUUAUAUGUAAGUUUUAUGCCGGAGUUUAGAUUCCGGUGACUUUUGUAGAUCGCCGGCUCAGGAUUUCCCUCCGGCUUAUAUUUUGUGAGAGGGGAAAAUGAAAGUUCGCCGGAGAGUUGUUUUUUAUUUUCAGUUUUGAAACCGGAAAAUAAUAUGUUUGGUUAUAAAAUUAUUUAUUA